CCAGUCCGUAUUUAGCCCCACUCCUCAUCUCCCCCGGGCGUGGGGCUCAGCACAGACAGGGAAGAAAUGCCGGGCCCCCGGGACCCAUCAGGUUGGCACCCCCGCUGGAGAUGAUCUCCUCAGCAGAUACCCGCUUCCAAACUGGGGAUGUAGGGCUUUGACACUAGAAAAUGCCAGGUCUGAAGGAGAAGAAAGAACAAGCCCAACAACACACAGAGCUCUGUGUGUUCAGAGGGAAGUUGGCAGGGUUGUGCUCGGGCAGAGAAACUCCGAGUGGUACAAAGGGACGUGCCCAGAGUGAAGAAAUCAUGCUAAUUGUCUGCACCAGAGCUGGAGAACGCCACCCAAAAUGAGGAGAGAAAGGGGAGCCCUGUCCAGAGCCUUCAGCGCCCUGCGCCUCACUCCUUUUGUCUACCUUCUCCUGAUCCAGACAGAGCCCCUGCAGGGGGUGAACAUCACCAGCCCGGUCCGCCUGAUCCAUGGCACGGUGGGGAAGUCGGCCCUGCUUUCCGUGCAGUACAGCAGCACCAGCAGCGACAAGCCCGUGGUGAAGUGGCAGCUGAAGAGGGACAAGCCAGUGACCGUGGUACAGUCCAUCGGCACAGAGGUCAUUGGCACCCUGCGGCCCGACUACCGAGACCGCAUCCGCCUCUUUGAGAACGGCUCCCUGCUGCUCAGUGACCUACAGCUGGCGGAUGAGGGCACCUACGAGGUCGAGAUCUCCAUUACUGAUGACACCUUCACCGGGGAGAAGACCAUCAACCUCACUGUCGAUGUGCCCAUUUCGAGGCCACAGGUGUUAGUGGCUUCGACCACCGUGCUGGAGCUCAGCGAAGCCUUCACCCUGAACUGCUCUCAUGAGAACGGCACCAAGCCCAGCUACACCUGGCUGAAGGAUGGCAAGCCCCUCCUCAAUGACUCAAGAAUGCUCCUGUCCCCUGACCAAAAGGUGCUCACCAUCACCCGUGUGCUCAUGGAGGACGACGACCUGUACAGCUGUGUGGUGGAGAACCCCAUCAGCCAGGGCCGCAGCCUGCCCAUCAAAAUCACUGUGUACAGAAGAAGCUCACUCUACAUCAUCUUGUCCACAGGAGGCAUCUUCCUCCUUGUGACCUUGGUGACUGUCUGUGCCUGCUGGAAACCCUCCAAAAAGUCUGGAAAGAAGAGGAAACUGGAGAAGCAAAACUCCCUGGAAUACAUGGAUCAGAAUGAUGACAGCCUGAAGCCAGAAGGGGAGCUCCCGGCGGCCCACUCGCCAGUGCAGUCCUCACCCAGACCAGCAGGCUGCUGGGAGAAGGCCGAAGUGGGCCACAAGGAGGCCGGCUCUGCAGGGCCCCUUCCCCCCCCAACGGCGCGGAGACUGCAGAGCAGGGAGCGCUGCGGCCAAGCAGACGCCCUUCCCCGAAGCGCGGAGCAGGAGCGGAAGAACCCCGUGGCACUCUACCUCCUGAAGGACAAGGACGCCCCGGAGGCGGAGGAGGAACCUGCGACCGAGGCCCGGAGCUCGACGGAGCCCGGCCCGCCCGCCUACUCCGUGUCACCCGCAGUCCCCGGCCGCUCACCCGGGCUGCCCGUGCGCUCUGCCCGCCGGUACCCGCGCUCGCCCGUUCCCUCCCCGGCCCCAGGACGGACGCACACGUCGCCGUCCCGGGCCCCGGGCUCGCCGGGUCGCUCGCGCGCGCUUCGGACUGCGAGCGGGCGCCUGAUCCGCGAGCAGGACGAGGCCGGCCCGGUGGGGAUCAGCGCCUGAACUGCCCGGGACCCGCCCUCCCCCGCGGGUGCCCGUGCGCUGCCGCCGGGGAGGUGGGAGAGGCCACAAAGCGGGACGAGGGGAGGUCCCGGCUGGGGCGUUCGUUCGUUCUGGGCGCACGGGUCUCACCUGAGGACGUGGGUGAGCGAGUGCAGAUGGGGGACGCAGAGGGGCGCCGGGGAGUGAUUUGGGGAGGAAACCGGGUCGAGUUUGAUUCCGUUCACUGGCAGUGUUCCCGGUGGAUACGGAUUGUACCCCUUAGGACCAUAUAGAUUAUUGCAUAUCCGGCCCAGUCCUUCAAGGGUCUUAGGGAAACUAACAUCAGUGACCUAACUCCUGGUACUGUCCCGUGCCCUCCCUAGGGAGCUCUCCUGCUUCCCCCCCCCCCCGCCCCCCGCAUCUCCCUCCCCUUUGAAGGACUCAGGCACCCUUUCCGGCAAGCCCAAAUGAGAGAGGCCAUCUGCCCAAAACGCACCACGUCUGAACUAAGCGGAGGUUGAAUGCCAGUUCCAGUGUGUGCGGGGCGCUGUUCCGAAGCGUUCUUCCUGUGUCUGUCCCUUGAGGGAAGGGGAUGCCCACGCCCUCCCAGGCCCAGGCAGCUAGAUGAAGUGAAAGACUGUAUUUAAGCCCUCACACCCAUGCCUUCUCCCAGUUCCUUACAAAACAAGCCUUUCAAACAAUCAUUCUUCCCAGAAAGGCUGUUGGCUCCCUCCAGCUUCCAGAGAAUAAGAUUUGACUUUGCAGAGAAGUGGGGAGUUGGGAGGUGGGGGUGGGGAAGCUCACUGCUCCCCAGGUCGUCAGGAAGACAUGAUGCAGCCCUUGGCCUGCGGCCUCCUCCCUGCACGACUCCCAGAUACUCAGAUCCCAAGAGACAGGAGAAGGGCAGACUCCCUAACCACACCAACGUCACAACUCAGAGAGGCAGGCCAGUGUGUAGCCAGGCCCUGCCCAUGCCCCCGCCUAUGGAACAGUUUGUAGAAGAGACAAUAAUCCACUGUGUGAGGAAAGAGGGUCACUAAAAAGCUGAAGGAGGAGACCUUCCGGGUCUUCUGAUCUCUAUUCCCUGGUGCCUGUAGGGGUCCUUGCAUCCCUGGCUCCUCCUCAACCUCCUAAGCUCCAGCUCUGUCUCUCCACCACCUCACAGAGCAAUCCCCAAGGCCCCUGUUCCCCACCCUUCACACUGGAGCAAGUCUUGUCCCAGCCCCAAGGGCAAAAAUAUCUUCCAGUUGGGCCCUCCACCUUUACCUGUCAGCUCACCAGGCCCAGCAGCCCAUGCCCGUGCUCCUCUCCCAGCUCAUUUGGGCAGGUGCGCAGCCCCCGUGGUUAACCAGAACUGCUCCCCUAACCUCCCCAGGUGCCUCAUCCAGAGGUGAUACACGCAGGGUAGGUUGCUCAGGCAGGUGAGAGGUGCGGCACUUGGAGAGGGGGUACGGGCUGGCUGGCCCUGAGAGGCAGGGGUGGAGGUUAGUGUGAGAGGAGGUGAGAGCCCUGCUGUGCUCCACCUCCUGCUGCUGAAUCCCUGGGCCCAGGCCCCGCUUCCCAGGCUCCAGCCACAUCUGCCUGGGGUGGGCGUGGGGGGCGUACUGGGGGUGGUAGGAGAGUGAGGAAGUCGGUUUUGUUUCUAUUUUAUUUUGUUUGGAUCUUCAUCUUUGUAUUUCUAGCAUCCAGCAGAGUGCCUAGCACAUACUGGAUGCUCAAUAAACUGUUGAUGAAAUGAAA